UGCACCCUUCACGGAACCAACUGCUACUCCCACAAAGCAAGUCAAAAUAUGACAACAAAAUGAGUAACGUGCUCAUUUUUUCGAAUCAUACUGCUACCGUUAGACAGAUUUCUUUUGUAAAACUGACAGAAUGUUACACCAAACUUCCCUGAAAUCAUGAAAUAACUGAAAAUCUAAGACAUAAAUGGUGACAUACAACUCUACGGAAAGCGCGAGGAAAAAAGUCAUGUGACCAACGUUAACCAAUGGGAUAUUAUAAGGAAAUCGUGCAGAACUGGCAACUUUGUGAUGCAGGUGUCCGCCUGCAACCGUCAGGGUACUCGUUUGAGUUAAUGGACAGUCAAUGUACAACAAAGAAACAAAACUCUCUUUGAUGAAAACAGAAAUGAACGACAUGGCCUCACCUACAGGUCAAACCAAAAGUAGGCAGCCGGGAAGGCAGACAAACCAAUUGCAAUAUCUUCAAAAAGUAGUGAUGAAAGCACUAUGGAAACACCAAUUUGCCUGGCCCUUUCAUCACCCUGUCGACCCGGUCAAGCUUGCUCUACCAGAUUACUUCAAUAUAAUCAAGACUCCUAUGGAUCUUGGUACAAUCAAGAAACGUUUGGAGAGCAUCUACUACCACAGUGCAAAAGAAUGCAUCUCAGAUUUCAACCUCAUGUUCACUAAUUGCUAUGUAUAUAAUAAACCAGGAGAGGAUGUUGUUCUUAUGGCACAAGCCCUUGAGAAGCUCUUUCUUACCAAGGUUGCCCAAAUGCCACAGGAGGAGAUUGAGCUGACCGUUGUGAAGCCAGGGAUGGGAGAUGAUAUAUCAGGGCCGGGCAGAAAAGGAAGGAAAGGAAGAGGAGGAGGAAGGGGGAUAAGUGCAAACUCAAGGUUAGGUAUUCAAAAUGCCACGCCUCAACCAUCGGUACUCAAUGCAACGCCAAAACAGCUCCUAGGGCAGCCACCGGCAAAGAAUGCGUAUGUUGCUCCCCUUGCCAUGAAGUCACCUACAGCAACACAACCAUCAACAGAACUUCCUGUCUUACCCCCUGGAGCAGCAAGUACACAGUUGACCGCUGCAGCCAUGUCAACAUCACCUUUGGUUUCCUCACCGCCUCCUUCAUCAACUCCAGUGGAACCAGUGAAGCAGAACUCUCUUCCAGGACCUCCGAAAGUAAGGUCGCCCGCUAAGACGAAAGGAGCAAGAGGAGUGAAGAGGAAAGCAGACACAACCACACCAACAACAGUAGUAGAACCCCCUGAACCUAUCAUGGCACCCAGUGCAGACUACCAUUUAGCCCAGGCCAAGCCAGCUAAGAUCCCAGGAAGGAGAGAGAGCAGUAGGAGAAACAUCAAACCUCCCAAUAGGGAACUACCAGAGUCUGAUCAACACCAGAAAGGAAAGAAGGGCAAACUCACAGCCCAGCUCAAGUACUGCUAUGGUGUCAUCAAAGAACUCAUGUCAAAAAAGCACUCAGCAUAUGCAUGGCCAUUCUUCAAGCCAGUUGAUGCAGAAGUACUAGGAUUACAUGACUAUCAUGAGAUCAUCAAGACUCCUAUGGACAUGGGCACAGUAAAGGUAAAGCUAGAAAACCGGGACUACAAGACCGCCAAUGAUUUUGCUGCAGACGUCAGGCUGAUAUUUACAAAUUGCUACAAGUACAACCCUCCGGAUCAUGAUGUUGUCGGAAUGGCUCGAAAGUUGCAAAAUGUAUUUGAAGUCAAGUUUGCCAAAAUGCCUGAUGAACCAUUGGACCCAUCAGAAGCAGAUAGUGACAGUGGAGGCAAGGAUGAUAUGAUGAAAGGGAUGGAUAGUGCUUCAGAUAUUUCUGCUUCAAAUAGCAGUUCAGAAUCAGAAGACAGUGAAGAAGAGAGGGAAAAGAGAUUGUCAGAGUUACAAGAGCAGCUCAAGGCAGUCCAUGAACAGCUUGCAGCAUUGUCAUCACAAGCACAUCGGAAAAAGAAGAAAAAGGACAAAGACAAAACCAAAAAGAAAGAUCGAAAGGACGUUGAAAAGGAGAAAGAAGAACUUGAAAAAGCUAAAGAACUUGAAAAACAAAGAGAAAAGGAAAUGGAAGAGAUCAAGGAGAAAGAAAGAAAACUUUUGGAAGAGAAAGCAAGAGAUGAAGAGAGGUCAAAAUCAGCGUCAAAAAGACCGAGGAAGCCUCCAAAGACGAUAGAAGACAAGGCCAAACCCAAGAAAACAAAUAGACCGAGGAAGAAUGCAAAGAGCAACGAAGAGAAGCCUAAACCCAAGAGAACAAAUAGUAGAAGAGGGGGAGGAAGGAAGAAGAAAGUUCCGACCACAGGGCAGCUAGAGAGUGAUGAUGAAGACACAGCAAAACCGAUGUCAUAUGAUGAGAAGAGGCAGCUUAGUCUUGACAUCAACAAAUUACCUGGGGACAAACUUGGCAAAGUUGUACAUAUAAUCCAGUCAAGGGAGCCCUCACUCAAGGACUCUACGCCAGAUGAAAUUGAAAUAGACUUUGAGACCCUCAAACCGUCCACCCUGAGGGAACUGGAAAAAUAUGUCAUGCAAUGCCUCAGGAAAAGACCAAAAGCUUACAACAAAGGCCAGACGAAGUCUAAACAAGAUGCACAGAAGGAGAAGCAGAAAGAACUUGAGGAUCGGCUAAAGGAACUUGGCGGGCCAUUCCCCAAAAAGGCAACAAAGAAAGCUCAACAAGAUGCUUUGAUGAAUGAGGGGGGCAGAACCGAGCGCCCACUCAGUGCCAGCAGUAGUAGUGACUCUGAGAGUGAUGCAAGCACCAGCACAAGUGCUAGCUCCAGCUCCGACAAUAGCGAAUCGGAGUCAGGUACUCCAAAGAAGAUGAAGAAGGGAGGCAAAGCUCCACCUCCGGUAAAUCGACAAGAAAUGCAGAGGAGAGCAUCAGGUCCUGUUCCGCCUCCAAACACCACAGCAGCUGGUUUACAUCCCGGUGCCCAACCGCCAAUGAGUUCUGGACCGGGUCCUAGUCCAUUCUCACAGGGUCCACCUAGCACUGGUCAUCCAUCUGGUCCACCUGGUCAGUUGCCUCCAGGACAGCCUCCUUCAUCAAGACUGACCAAUGGUCAGAACCAUAUACCAGCACCAAGACACAGUAGCUUGCCAGCCUUACCAGACCGACCUAGCAACAAAGCAGCCCCUCUUCAAAAGAGGAAUCAACGAAAGGUUCUGACUUCACCACUGACAUCACCGGGUCCUCUCACAUCACCACACACUACUACACAGGGCAGUACUGCUUUUCCUUUGCCAUCACCAACUCUUCCACAAACCAAGCCACAAGGGGUUGCCCCUUCGCAGUCCCAGCCACCUCCUGUUUCCAAAGCUACACCAGUGGUUCCCUCUACGGUACCGUCAGCAGCACCUCAGCCUGCACCGGUAGCUGUGCCUAAGCCCAAACCCGAACCAGUAGUAAAGCCACCCAAACCUGCUCCCAAUCAAACACCACCUGCAGCUGCCGUUCCGCCACCAUCAUCAACCAAAACCUUGCCACAACAACCACCACCUCAGCAACCUCCACACCACUCCCAACAACCCCCACAACCACAGACAACAUCAAAGCCUCAGUCCAAACCACCACCACCAACAGAUAUCCCCAAAACCCAUUCCCCUGCAACUCAGAGACCAGUAGUGACGGACAUCAAGAAAACGGCUCAGCGCUCGGGAACGCCACCAUCUCAGCCACCACCAGUCAAACCAGAUCAGGCAUCCUCAACCCCACAACCAACCAUCGUCCCCAAGGUGGAGGAUAAUCCAGUGUCAUUCAUGGUCGGUGAUGAUGAUGGAGAAUCUCGGUCUACGAGUCCUGUUAUCCCUGGACUCAAGGCAGAAGAGAGUAACGGAAAACCAGGUUCUUCACAUCCAGAGGGUGGUUUGACUCCAAGUGGAAGCUCAGAAAGUUUAUCCAAAAUGGACCAGAAAGCUAUCUCUAAACAAAAGAAGGAUAUGAAGCUAGCAAACCAUGGUUCAUGGUCAAACCUGGCAAACACACUGUCUUCAAACAAGCCUUCUAGUAAUCCCACCAGGACAUCACAAAGCUUUGAACUCUUCAAGAAAGCAGCCAAAGAAAAGGAAGAGAGGGCUCGUCAAAUCAAACAGCAGGAGGAGAUGAGAAAACAACAGAAACACCUGCAGGAACAGGAACGAGCAAGACAGGAAAGAGAAAGACAAAGGGAGAAGGAAGAAGAUGAAGCAUUGGAGAGAGCAAGGAAUUCCCAACAAGUAGAGGCAAAGAGAACGCAAUCAAUGAAAGAAAGAGAGAGACUACGGGAACAAGAGAGAAGAAAAAGAGAAGCCAUGGCUAAUCACAUUGAUAUGAAUCAACAAAGCAACAUCAUGGCAACAUUUGAAGAAACAUUGUAACAGUAACAUCAGGACAUCAUGGUGGCAACAUCUUGGCAACCUAUGUAGAAAGUUUGUUGCAGAAUGACCGACUUUAGGGAAGUGUUUGAGGGGAUUCUUGAAGACACGUUGUUGAAGCAUCACUUGUGACUUGAGGGCAACAUCGUGGCAAGAUAUGAAGAAACGUUGCAGAAUCAUCCCGAUUUGAGAGCAAUGUUGAGGACAUGUUGAAGAAGCAUUGUCGCCGUGUGUAUUAUGACUUGCGGGUAUUAUGGUGACAACAUUCAAAGGAUGUGAUGUAGCAAAGAGAUGUUGUAGCAGAGCUAACCGUUGCUUCAGAUCGAUGUCUUGGCCGCUUCAUGAUUAGAAAUAAAGCAGGAUCACUUGUGCCAUGAGAGCGGCAUUGAAGCAACAUUCAUACAAACAUUGUACUGCUGUCUCUUGUAAAUUGUAUGAAGUAUUUCAGCAACAAACUUAAAAACAUUGGGUUUGAUUUCUGACUUGACAGGAAGAUCAUAUCAAGACAAGAACAUUACAAUGGUACAUCUUGUGACCAAGGAACAACCUAUGCCACAGGAUAGCCUUUGACUUGAAGACACUGGCUUCUUUAGGAGAACAUUGCAGUGGUAGUACUUUGAACAUGUGACCAACAUCACUUCAACAUUUGAAGAUACUCUGUAGCAGAAUUACUUUUUUGACUUGACAACUAUCUUGUUGAGACCAGCAACACUAGGUCUGUCAAUACCUACCUGGCCCGUGCCAUUGGAAUGAGAUGCAGCAUUAUGUUGCCAUGACAUUUUAAUAUCAUAAAUUUGCUGCACAUCAUACAUUCGCAAUCCGUAGAUAAUUCUUGUUCAUUAUUUGUUUAGCUAGUAAGUAUUUAGGUGUUGUCUACAUCGGAGGUUAUCACACCGGCAUGUGUUUCUUUAGUCAAUAACAUGAAUGUAUGCAUUGAGUUUCUUUUAAUGAUUUGUGUAUAUUGUAUGUCGUGUAGAAGAUGAGAUUUAUUAAAACUACCAUCAGAUAUGGCAUGUAUGUAUGUACAUAUUGUACAAGGCUUCAAAUGCCACUAUCAGCAAAGGUCACAAACUUCACAGAUUACUCGAAACUCGUAUCAGGGAACCUUGGAAGUAAAAAAAAAACAACAACCCAGACUUGGAAUUCCUCGUUAUCUCUUCAGUUUGUGGUUAUACAUAGGUUGGAAAAGGAUGGUUUAUCUCUUACAUGUAUCUAUUAAACCUAAAAUCCUGUCUAUAUUUCUAGGAAGAACUUGUAAAUAUUCUCUGCCACUUGUAUACUAUCAAGAGUCAACCAAAUGAGAAUAUAUAAUGGUAUUUACUUUAUUUCUUAUGUUGUUAAUGCGUUUAACAAUUCUCUGGCUGCCGCCCCUUUGGAUUUUUGAUUGACAAUAGCGUAACAAGAUGUAACAACAAUAGCAAACAGGUAUAAUUAGUUUAAAAACCAUUUCUAUUCAAAUUUGUAUAGUCCCAUACAUGCCUUUCUUUGUUCCCUAUGUGUGACUUACAAAUCCUUAGGUGCAUUAUAAUCAUUUAAAAUUACUAUGAGACAGUUCAUCCACAAUCUCCUCACCAGAACAUUUCUUCAGCUCCAAGAGUCAUGGCUUAUAGAUUUGUAAGUGGGUAAAUAACCCCUUUUUUGUUUACAUUGUUGUAUUAUCCAGUGACAACUUUAUUUUAAUCUGAUGCUUUCUGUAACCAGUCAUAUAGAUCUGCUGCCAAACGUGGAGCGUUGUGGCCCUGUGGAUUACUCUUCUGACUUUGAAACAGAGGGUUGUGGGUUCGAAUCCCAGCCAUGGCGUAAUUUCCUUCAGCAAGAAAUUUAUCCACAUUGUGCUGCACUCAACCUAGGUGAGGUGAAUGGGUACCCGGCAUGAUUAAUUCCUUGAAUGCAUGAGCGCUGAAAAGCAGCUGGAGCUAAAGCUGAGGUAAUAAUAAUAAUAGCAUCGUGCCUCGGAAUAGAAUAUUUCUAGAUAGAUGGCGCUAUAUGAAUGCCUAUUAUCAUUAAAUGGUUCUUGGAGGUGGUAUUGAAGAGGGAUGAUAAAUCCUUGUAUUUCAAAUUUAAUAGCAUUCUAGCAGACCAAAUGAUACACCCACGCCUACCAUCCAUUGGUCUUCAUUCAAAGGAAGGCUGUGGCUUCGUCUUUCUUGUUUGACAAGGCAACAUCCAGAUUCCUAGCAUCCUAUCAAAGAAUCUAUGGUGUUGUGGGGGAUGUUUUAAAUGAAAUAUUGAGUUAAUUGGUUAUUUCAACCCCCAUUUAUAAUACUGUACUUCAGGUAUUUGUUGACUCUUUCAUUAAGUUGUCAAAGUAAAUCUGUAUUUUAUUGAAGCAUGCAUUGUCAAACCUAUUGACUUGCUUACUUUUUCUGUAUAAAUACAAUCAUCUUUCUCAUACAAAAAGUAUUUUUGUUCCGAUAGUGACGGAAUGUUUGUAUGGUGUCCAUGACCUGGACCAAUGUGUACAGAUCGGACUCAUAAAUGGUGGUAUUGGAUGAACUUGACUAAAAUGACAUUUGUUGUAUCGUCUAUCUUUGUAUGUAUUUAUCAAUGUAAAGGAGGUAUAUGUAUAUGUGAAAUAGACAGUUGUGGUGUGGACGAAAGCUGAUUGUUAGUUAAACAUUGAAGCAAUGAGUCACAUGUGAGAAUGAGAAAAAGAUAACUUGGUGCCUCUAGAUAUUUAAAGUUGAUUAGUUAUGUGUCAGCCUAAUAGCUUCUAUGGCUUGUAUAGACAGUGUAAUAUUUUAUUAAGAUAUGACGCUAGGGAGUAUAGUAUUUGUUCAUAUUUAUAGCAUCGUGCGGAUGGGGUGGAAGAAAAGGGUGGCCAUGCCUAGAGAAUUGUACAGAAUUUUGUUAUAAACUUCCAAAUUGCGUUUCCACUUUGUGUUAUAUAUAUAUAAUAUAUAACAGCUUCUUGUCGAUCGAUUAUGAAACUUGUGUGUAUAUACAUCUUAGGGUUUGAAAACUGUUGUACUGAAUUGAUUUUUUGUAGUAGUUUUUGCACAUUUUAUUAAUGUUUUCAUUUCAUUAUUUUCACAAGGAUGUAUCUUUGUUGUAUGAAAGAGAGGAUGAAUUACUGCUCAAAUGUACUUGUAAAUAUUUAUGCUAUUUGUUGCUCGUUGAAAGAAUAUAACGAAAACUCAUUGUAUAUGAAUUUCUUUUGUUUUUUUGUAAUUGCAAUUUUGAGUUUCAAGAGUAUUUCUUCUCCCAGAGAAAAUUAUUUUUGUUUUCUCUUGUUCAAUCCGUCUUGAUUUCAAGAACAGCUUCUAAAGUUAGAAUUCUAAUCAUAUAUGAUGCGAGGAUAAUUCGUAUUCGCUUUAAGUAUCCAGACUUGUGUAAAAUUAAUGAUAUACGCCUGUAUAAUCUAUGCAAUACGAUCUUAUCUGUGUUAUCCUAUGAAGGAGUUUUGCUUAGACAUAGAAAAUUGUAUACCCUAUUAAUUUAACCAUCUUCAAUUUCAAAGCAGUUGGACUUUUCUGAUUUUUCUCUUCUCAUUAGCUUUAAACUUGCUACAUUUUCUUUGCCAUACGGUUCUCACAUUUCCUGUGCAAGAGUGAUCUAUUUAUGAGAUUAGAUUCUUUGGUAUUUACGUAUAGUAUUAGGGAGUAGAAAUGAAAUCUUUUUUAACAGUACGAUAGUUGAGCAACUAGUCCCCCACAAUGGUAGCAAUCAUGAAAAGAGCCUUAGUCAUAUUUCUGCCGAUCGGCUUGAAAGGACAAGAAGUAGGAUUGAUUCGUAGGAACAUUGAUGAUUGAAAAGGUGGAGAGGAGGAAAAACAUUACCUUUAGUUAUUUUGUAAUGAUGUUGACAAUAUUGGGGAGAUUGUAUUCUUAGCGUUGGUAUCAACCAAACCCCAAGAAAAAAAUGUGUGUGUAUUUAAAAGAUAUUUGUGUGGCAUAAUUACCUUGUCAUUUGUCAUGUAUUUAUAAAAUCUCUUGUAGUACGUGUAUAUGCUGUCUAUGAACAGUUUCAAGAGUAGCAUGUUUUUAAAACAAUCUUUCUCUUCAGUCUAGUAGUAUAAUAAUUGUGAUAUUUUUGCGUUCUGUAACAUAACAUCAGCUUACCAUCUUAUCCAUUUUUGCAAUCAUUUAGUCGAUGUAGUCUUUCUUAAAACGACGUUAUAUCAAUUUUUUGCUUUUCAGAUGCCAACAAUUAAAAAAAAAAUACACAAGCCAAGUGUUGGUAAACAGUUAUGUAUUAUACUAAGGGUUUGGACAUUGUCAGUUGAAUUGUUUCAUUUUAUAUAUAUAUAUAUACUUUACAAAUUGUAUAUACAAAUAGAGUGUACAUAAUUACUUAGUCAGCUUUAUUGAUGGUAAUUAAGUACACAUCAGAUUUUCAACAAGAAAACAAAAUGUAUCAUACCAACAGAUUGGCAAGUCAUAUAGGAUUUUCAAAUUACAGUGUAUAUGCAUCUCUGUAUAAUUAAUGAUUUAUCAAAUGCUUGUUUUCCAAUCAUGUCCUCUGUCAAGGCACAGACGGCAAAGACAUCGCUUGGUAGAAAGACAGCAUCAUUUCAGUCUUACACAUUGUCACGUUUCAUGUUUAAUGAGCCUCAGCAUAUUUGUUUUCCUUAACGAUUUUCAUU